AUGACCAGAAUUAACGCGACAGAGACGACUCCCUUGAUACCGGAGAUACCUCCCGAGGUGUCGGAUGUAGAGAGGAACAGUCCCGAUGAGCCGAAAGCGUACAGCCAUGCGUUUAUCGCAAGAGUAGUUGUCGCGUUGCUGAUUGGCAUCUUUACUUCCAACGCCGAUGGCUCUUUGGUCCUGGCUACUCAUCCGGUGAUUGCAUCCGAGUUUGGCAAGCUUCAGGAUUCGAGUUGGCUAUUCAUCAGCUUCAUGUUGGCUAGUGCGGCAUCACAGACGAUUUACGGGAAAUUGAGUGACAUUUUUGGACGAAAGACGAUAUUGAUCUUCUGCUAUGGACUGUUUGCUGUUGGAUGCGCCCUCGUAGGCGCUGGCCAGUCAAUGUGGCAGGUCAUCCUAGGUCGCGUAAUCUCUGGCUCCGGAGGCGCAGGAAUGACUACAAUGGCAUCAGUCAUCAUAACCGAACUCGCGCCUCUUCGAGAAGUUGCCUCUUGGCAAAGCUACAUGAAUGUCAUCGCCACCGUCGGUCGUAGCAUCGGUGGUCCGCUCGGAGGUUUUCUCGCUGAUACAAUCGGCUGGAGAUGGUCAUUCCUUGGACAAUCGCCAAUCUUUGCUGUAUCCAUGAUCAUCGCUGCCAUCCUCCUCCCAUCUACAACACAGACCGAGGGUGCGACAAUAGAGCGCAUCAAGAGGAUCGACGCACUCGGCGCUCUUUUAUUGGGAGGUUCUGUUCUCGCUUUCAUGGUUCCUCUCGAAAUCGGGGGUCAGAAGAUACCUUGGGGUCAUCCUCUCGUGCCAACUCUCGCUGCUGCUGGCGUGCUUCUAUCAGCUGCCUUUGUACUUGUCGAGUCACGCUGGGCUAAGGAACCAAACUUCCCUCUUCGUCUACUCAGAAGUGGCGAUGUCACCAAGACGUAUCUGAUCGCGUUUGGACAAGCAGCUGCACAGCUUGGACGUGUAUCGAGUACCGUCGCAGGCGCCCACCUAUUCCCUGCAGUCAUCGGAAAUACAGUCGGAGGUAUCGCGACAGGCUUGAUCAUCAAGAGGACUGGUCGAUACAAGGCCCUCAUCAUCUUCUCAGCUGUCUCAUCAAUCACGAGUUAUACUCUGAUGCUACUUCGCUGGCACGGACAGACCAAUUGGCUGGAGUCUCUCUACGUCUUCCCAGGGGGUCUUGGAAUGGGCAUAGCUCAGAGUGCUGCAUUCAUCGCUCUCCAAGCUUCCAUCGAUCCCAAAGACAAGGCAGCAGCUUCUUCUGGAAUCUUCCUCGCUGUGACUUUGGGUUCAGUAGUUGGUAUGGCGGGUACGAGUGCAGCCAUUCAGGGACUUCUCAGACACGACAUCCAGCAGAACCUUGGUGAUCUCGGAAAGUCUCAACAUUUCAUCGACGAGGUGAUUCAAAAAGCUGCUGAGAGUGUCUCGUACAUCGACGAAGCUUCCGAGUCUGUAAGACAGGUACUGAUUGGAGGUUAUAUCAGAGGAAUCGAGUAUGGACACGGGCUCUCCAUCGUCUUCUCCGGAAUCACGCUCGUCACUGCUCUAUUACUCAAGGAGCGCAAACUUUGA